GUGGCGUUCUUUGCACCCAGGGAAGAAGGAGCCCAGCAGGCUAGCGAAAGCACCGGCACACAGACAGAGAAAUAACAUCAUGAAGCUCGCGCUAACGCUCUUGUUUGUCCUCCUAGCUGCUUGGACCCCUGUCCGCUGUGGCAAGGGAGGCAAAGCUCACGAGCCUCCGCAACCGCAGGAUCCUGAAGAAACACGCUCAGCCUUCGCGGCUCUGGACGACGUGCGUCUCCUGGCUAACGGCCUCCUCCAGCUGGGCCAGAGCCUCCGCGAGUUCGUCCAGAAGACCAAAGGCCAGAUCAACGACAUCCUCCAGAAGCUCAACAUCUUCGACCGCUCCUUCUACCAGCUGUCGGUGCUGGCCAGCGAGAUCAAGGAGGAGGAGGAGGAGCUGAAGAAGACCACGGUGGUUCUGAAGGCCAACAAUGAGGAGAUCAGGAGCUUGUCCCUGGAGAUCAGCCACAAGGUGGAUAGCAUCCUGCAGGAGAGAGGCCAGCUGCAGAGCAAGGUGGGGGGGCUGGAGGAGAAGCUGAGCGGCUUGUCCCUGGUCAUGGUCCCUGCGGAGCAGCUGGCUGAGAUCCACACCCUCAAGGAGGUGAUCCACACUCAGGAGAGGAGCAUCACUGAGCUCCUGAAGGCUGUCAGGGAGCAGAGUGACCAGCUCAACCACCAGCAGAGCAAAAUCAACAACCUAGAGGAGAAGCUCCGCUACAACAGCCACGUCCAGGAGACAGUGGACAGACCAGCAGACUUCUUCAGCUCGGUGACGCCCACACUGCCCGCAUAUCUGACCAGCAACUCUACCAGCAGCAGCUUGGACCAGGACGGCCUCCCCUCAGACUGCACCGAGGUCUUUCGCAGGGGAGAAAGGAACAACGGGGUGUACCCCAUCAAGCCCAACAAAUCAGAGCCCUUCAUGGUCUAUUGCGACAUGUCCGAAGGAGGAGCUACAGUGAUCCAGAGGAGGAAGGACGGAUCUGUGAAUUUUGAUCAGACGUGGGAGAUGUACGAAAAUGGAUUCGGAGACAUCCAUGGGGAGUUCUGGCUGGGCCUGAGGAGGAUCCACGCGCUGGCCGCUCAGGGAGACUCCCUCCUCCACAUCCAGCUGGAGGACUGGAAACAGGGCAAACGCCACAUCCAGUACAACCUCUCCCUGGAGGGUCCCGAGAGCCACUACACCAUCCACCUGGCGCACGCGUCCGGGGAUCUGCCCGACGCUAUGACCAACCACAGCGGAAUGAUGUUCUCCACCAAGGACCGAGACCACGACAAGGACGAGGGCUCCAACUGCGCCUACGACUACACAGGAGGUUGGUGGUUCGAUGCCUGUGGAGACACCAACCUGAACGGAAGGUACGUCCACGUGAGGCCCAAGGGUCGGUUGGAGCGCAGGAGGGGGAUCCACUGGAGGCCCAGCCACAGGGCCUCCUACUCUCUCAUGUCCACCCAGAUCUCCAUCAUCCCCACCGCCACCUCCGCCUCUGAAACACACUCGGGCAACUUCCUCUGAAAUGACCCAUGAAGAAAAACGAGCAAAACAAACAAGAUAUAAACCUAUCUUUGGUAACCUCUGGCUAUAGCUCUAAGCACGGUAGCAGGGUUACGUGUUUUGAUUUAGCAUCGUACUGUGAGGUCCUGUCUAGUUAACCAGAGGGGAAUUGAAUAGGUUGCUGAAUCUAAAGGAGAGUAUUUCUGAACCACAGGGUCUUACUCAUAAAGUGACUGACUAGUACUUAAACUAAAGUUAUUAGAGAAAGGUCACAAAAGAAGUAAUUAGAGAGAUAUGCUACAACAAACACCAAAUGUGGUGGAACAAAUAUCAAAAUUUGCAUUUAAUGGAUUGGUAAGGGCUCAGUAUUGCGGCAUGCAUACAUACACACGCUGUAUUUCAAGCUGCAUAUAAAACCAUGAAUGAAGAGCGGAGAGUUGGUCUGUCUGUGUGACAGUCUUUACCAGGAUUUUACUGAGUCACAUUGACUAACACCAUAUAUAUCCACACAUCUUUACUGUACAUACUGUAUUUUUGUUACACAUCCCAUUUUUACAGGUCUGACAAAUAAAUCAUAUUUAUAUCACUGG